AUGGGGAGUUGUCAGUGUCGUAAAUUCUGUGAAUCUGAGCAAGUUAAUUCCAAUACACACCUACAAGAAAUAGCAACCAAUGAUGAUUAUAGGGUUAAUAAUUAGGAAGGAACCGUUAAAGAUUUGUUUAUCAAGAUAAAGACUUGGCAAAAGGAAUCAUUUUCACUUUUUGAUUAUGAAAACCAAAGUCAUUUGAAAGAGUAGAACUUUUAAAUAAGCAAGGGAGGAUACUUAAUUAAAAACAAUAACGAAUUAUAAUGGAUUGAUGAUGAUGUAGAUUGGAAUAAGAGUGUAAUUAAAUAGGAACAGAUUCUAUUCAGAAUUGACAAAAAUGAAGGAAUUUUCAGUAUAAUAAAUAAAAGAGGAGAAUGCAAAUAAAAUUAUGAAGAGGACAAGUAAGAAUAAACAACAAAAUAUCAUGGUGAUAAUAAAGAUUUUUAAUAAUCAGAAAAUCUAGAUUAAUUAGAAGGAGAUGAAUUUCAUUAGCCCAAUGAUUUAAUUAAGAAAUACAGUCAUCAUUAAAAAAUCAGUAUGAGUUAAAGAACUAAUACUAAAUUAAUGGAGAAAGGAAGUAAAUUAUGGUUGGUGGUAAGAUCCAUGCAAUCAAUGAUGAGCAACAAUGGAAUCAAAUUAAAAGAAGGGGAUGUCAUCAAAAUGGGCAGAGUAAAAUUCAAGAUCCGAGAAAUUCAGUUAAAUUAAAGAUAAUUGAUGUAAUCUUCUCUUUUUAUUGAAAGAUAAGAUUCAGAUUCUGCAAAAUCUAGUUAAUCAGAUGCCAUUACAUGCAGAGUCUGUUGCAGCAGUGCAUAUAGCAGAUCGAAUCCACUUGUAAAUCCAUGCAAAUGUACUGGCUCUAUUAAAUAUAUACAUCUUAACUGUUUAAAAAAAUGGUUAAAGUCCAAAUUCCAAACAAAAUAAAGCGAUCAUUGUAUCAUUUAUAUGUGGAAGAAUUUGGAAUGUGAAUUAUGUAAAUUUAAUUAUCCACCCAUUUUCAAAAGCGAUGAAGGAAUAUUUGAUUUAAUAGAAUUGAGUAAGCCAACAGAAUAUCCAUAUAUUUUGAUGGAAAUCACCCAGAAAAGAUAUGAAGAAAUGUAAGAAAAUAAUAUGAGUGAAGAUACUUAAUGGAAUCAAUGCAAUGGGGUCUAUAUCAUAUCUUUUGAUAAUAAUAGUAGUGAGGCAGAAAAUAUCAGAAUCAAUGAACUGAAAAUUGGAAGAGCUAAUGAAACUGAAAUUCGAGUAAAUGACAUCUCAGUAAGUAGAAAUCAUGGAACACUUAAAUUGAUAGAAGGAUAAAUUUAUUUGACUGAUAAUAAAUCGAAAUUUGGAACAUUAAUUCUCAUCCAAUAAACUGUAAUUCCCUUGAUUUCAGAGUUAAAUGGCAUAGAAAUGCAAGUGGGUCGAAGUGUUUUAUAAUUUACUCUUGGUAAUAACAAUGCCAAUUAGUAAUCAUAAUAAUAAUAAUACUUAGAAUCUGAGAUAUUCGAUAAAAUAAUCGGUAGAAAUUUUGAGGAUGACGAAUUGGACUAUCUUCAAUGAACUAUUAAUAAUUUAUGUUUAACUUUAUA